UUUGCAUUAUAAGCUCUCGUGUCUGCUCUCCACGGAAAAGACCAAACACAAGGAGGGGAAAAAAAAAGCAGACAUGGGGAGCGCAAAACCAAGAGUCGAUGAGAGCGGCCGAACCUUGAUCAUCGGCUCGACUGGGUUCAUUGGGCGGUUCGUGGCGGAGGCGAGCCUGGAGUCCGGUCGGCCCACGUACCUUCUGGUCCGGGGUGGUCUCGUGAGCUCCUGCAAGGCGAAAGCCAGUGCUAUCAUGUCUCUAAAAGAGAAAGGAGCCAUCAUACUUGAGGGAUCAUCAAAUGACAAAGCGACGAUGGAAAAGAUGUUGAAGGACCACAAGAUUGAGAUUGUGAUAUCAACAAUCGGUGGGGAAAGCAUUUUAGAGCAGCUCGUUCUUGUUGAGGCCAUUAAAUCAGUUGGCACUAUUAAGAGGUUUAUGCCAUCUGAAUUUGGGCACGACAUCGACCGAGCAGAGCCGGUGGAACCCGGGUUGGCCCUGUACAAGGAGAAGAGGGAAGUGAGGAGGCUGACCGAAGGCUUGGGUGUGCCCUACACCUACAUCUGUUGCAACUCCAUCGCGGCUUGGCCUUACCACGACAACACCCAUCCUGCUGACGUUCUCCCGCCGUUGGACUGCUUCCACAUCUAUGGCGACGGGACUGUCAAAGCUUAUUUCGUGGCGGGCAGCGAUAUAGGGAAGUUCACUAUGAAAUGUCUCGACGACGAUCGAACCCUGAAUAAGACGAUCCAUUUUCGACCUUCCACAAAUCUCCUGAACGUCAAUGAGCUUGCAACCUUGUGGGAGGAGAAAAUAGGGCUCAAGCUCCCAAGAGUUACCGUAACUGAAGAUGACCUUCUUUCUGCUGCCAAAGAAAUGGUGAUCCCACGAAGUAUAGUGGCCGCGCUAACCCAUGACAUUUUCAUAAAGGGAUGCCAAAUCAAUUACUCUUUGGACAAGCCGACCGAUGUCGAAGUGACCUCUUUGUAUCCCGACAUACCUUUUAGGACGGUCGAUGAAUGUUUUGGUGAAUUUGCUAAGAAGAUUGCGGAUGUGCCUAAGGCAGUCGAGAAUUCAGGAUAUAAAGUUGGUAUCUUUUCGCCCGAGUCUAAGCCGGAAGCUUUGGUUUUGACUGCUUAAAAUGGUGUUGUGCUGUCCAAGUUUACUGCGAUUGCGUCAUCAUGAUGAUGACUUAAUUGAUCUAGCAUUCUUCAUGUUCGGUUCUGAUCAUGUCCCUUGUGUCCUCCAAGAUGGUAUUGGUUGGUGAGACUUUAACUCAUGUUCUUGAGAAAGACUUGCCAUGGAAAUUCAACCCUUCGAAAUAAGAUUUAUUGUCCGUUGUUUAGAA